AUGGCUGCGCUGUCGCCCACCUGGGUCGGCAGCCCUGCAGCGCACCCUCAAUUGCACCCGCCUUCGCACCCGCCUCCGCACCCUGGCUGGCCUCACGAGCCCACACUUCUUCCGCCUGCAUCGUGCAUCGUGCGUCGCACAUCGUGCACCGUGCACCUCGAGCUUCUGCGGCAUCACAAGCGGCUGCCGCUUCGUCUUGGCCUCACCCCAUGCAGGCAGAUCAAGGUGCCAGAAAAGGGUGCCUCGGACCGUGACGUCACCCGAACCUCGUCAAACCCCUUCCGUUCGUUCGCAUCUCUGCGAACCAUGAAUUUCUCGGUCGGCAUCAAGGCUCGGCUCGACUGCCGUUCUCCCUCGGACAGCCGUGUACCUGAAAACCCCCUCUAG